CUCCACGAGCGCGUUGAGUUAACUUGGGGCCCAUCCACAGGUCGGUUUGAGGGAGAUGGUGCUCUUUGACUUUUCUUUCGCAUCUCUCUCGAAUGUUUCCCUUCUCGCGUCUCUAGCUCCUUCUCUCUAUCUGUGGCAGCGGCGAAGAAUCCAGCGGCUAGGCGGCCUCUCCUCUGGACAUGAGUGGCGGCGGCGAAGCAUCUGGCGGCCUCUCCUCUCUCUCUCUCUCUCCCUGCCCCCUCUCCUCUGUACAGGAGAUAGAUUCCCUUCUUCAUCGGCGACGGCCGCCGCGCACGCCUAAUGGGUGGGGAGGAGAGGCAGCACGAGAUCCCCGUAGAGUCGUGCCUCCCAUCGGAACUAGAGGGAGGGAUGGAGAGCGUCAGCACUCUUGCCGGCCAGCCGGCUGGAGGAGGGAGCCGGUAGCCGAAGGAGGGGCGACGCUAGCCAGGCACGAUGGUGGCCGGAAGUUCCGCCGUUUUUCAGGGCGCUUGGACAAGGGACUCGAGGACCUCCACUGCCUCCUCACCCUAUGGGUCUGGAAGGAGGAUGGAGGGAGCAGCGGUUGCCCUCUUCCCGGCCGGCGGGUCUGAAUCGGUACUAGGAGAAUAUGGUGAGAAUGGCGUCGGGUGGAGGGGAUUCGGGAUUGGUGGAACUAGCCGCUGUGUCUCCUCUCUCCCAAUUUCACGCCGGUGGUGCACGGGGCCGGGGCGUUGACGCGGUGCGCGCGCGUCAAAAAGAGCGCGAGACCAGAGUGGCCGACCUACUGGCGAUGGCCGCCCUGCUCCGUAAAUUCAGGUAGGGCACCACGGCCGUCAAGGACCCGAUCCCCGGAUCGGGUGGUAAUCCAAUGUCAUUCUCUUUGCCGUGAGAUCAAUGGGUGUCAGCCGCCUUCAUGUGCCCUCCUUCCACAUGGUGCCAGACAGCAGUGUCCGCAACAGAUCGGGAGAAAUUGGAGAAGAGAUUCCCGCAGGCUCCAUCCAACAGAAGAAUCACAACGCCACCACCACAAACUGAAAAGGAUGUGAAGCUCAGACUGUUCAAAGAGGCCGAGCAGGCUCAAGAAUAUGUACACUAAAAGCUCCUUUGCAGAAAGGAAGAGCUGAGAGCAAGCUUUCCAUCUUCAACACAUAGAGAAGUGGGACAAAACAGUAGGAGAGGCGUGCAUGGACCAGCACCAACGAAGAGCGGCCACAAGCGUGUAUUGGGGAGGUUCGUCUGUCAACCGACGACAACAAGUAUAGGCGCGAGGACGUGGGCUUGAGGAGAACCUGCUCGAUGAGGUUGGUCUGUCGAGGAGCUUGACUGCAAGAUCCUCAUCUCCGUCUGCUGCAAGAGUAAGGGAAGAAGCAGAGGGAAAUCUCGAAGGUACUCAAGAUUAUUUGAUAGGUAUUAUUUAGUUUAUUCAUAUCUUGGAUAAUAGUUUGGGUAUGAACUUUGAGUGCAUCUUAUCUCAUCUUAUUAUAAUAUGAGAAGAAUAUGUACUAACUACUAAGGAUUUUGUAUGAUGACACGAUGAUUCAGAGUUGAUGGAGUCGAGAUAAGCAUAGCCCCGUCACAUGCUUGGUAAGAUGAGACUAUGCUUUGGUGUGCAUCAUUUGAGGGGUUUCCUCCGCAUACACCUAUGUGGGAACAAAAUUGAGAUGUAGGGUAUUAUUAUGCAUUUCGUAUUUAGCUGCAAAUUUAGAUUUGGGAGGUUUACUACGGUUUUCAUUCCCCAAAUUCUUUCCAUAGAAGGAAUUUGACACCAUUGGUAUAUAUCAAGUAAAAUGAUCACACCUCUACUAUUCAGUUGAGAGGUUAUAGUAUACUAAAGAAAGAAUUUGGCAGCUGUGCCAACACAUAAUAUCAAUGCAUUUAGAGUUAAGUUGAAAUACACAGAACUUCUUUCUUUUGUUUUGAGUAGUCUGAAACAUCUGGAGAAGCUGAGAGCUAAAUUCAUUUGCCUGAACAAAGAAACAAGGUAAAUUACGGCAGAGUUGUGAGAGAAAAAAGUGACAUGUGUUUAGGUCCUAAAAUUGCACUCACUUUAUUUGUGAACUUACGUUCUAUUUCUUAGGAAUGUUGGCUCUUCGUCGCGCAAGUUGUAUCCAAAUGUUUGUUUCAUCUCGGGAAUGUUGGCUGUUCGACACGCAGGUUGUAGGCAAAUGGUUGUAAUCCUUCGUGCUCCUUAGCUGGAUACACAUGUUGUUCAAGGGCAGAAGAGGCAUGUGACUUUUGGUGCUCUGGUAGGCAACUAAAUAUCUGGCAUGCAGACAGAUAACUUUGGAGGAUAUUCAAAUGAGCCGGUUCCCCCAUCAAUUAAUUGCAGGCUACUUGCACACCAGAGGGAUGGCGUGAAAUUCUUAUACAAUCUGUAUAGAAACAACCAUGGUGGCGUGCUUGGAGAUGACAUGGGUUUGGGAAAGACCAUUCAAACAAUUGCUUUUAUGUCCUCUGUUAUUGGAAAAGAUAAUGACCAUGGCGAGAAAUUAGCAGACAAUGGAAAGAAGACCGGUCCUGUACUCAUCCUCUGUCCCACUUCUGUAAUUCGAAAUUGGGAAAAUGAAUUUUCUGAGUGGGCCAGUUUUUCUGUUGCUGUCUAUCAUGGUCCAAAUCGUGACUUAGUUCUUGAAAAAAUUGAAGGUCAAGGACUAGAGGUGCUCAUUACCAGUUUUGAUACUUUUAGAACUCGUGACAAGGUUUUAUGCGACAUCCCAUGGGAACUUGUGGUAGUUGAUGAGGCCCACCGUCUCAAGAAUGAAAAAUCGAAGUUAUAUACAGCUUGCUUGGGAAUUACUACACAAAAACGCUUUGGUCUCACUGGAACCAUAAUGCAGAAUAAGAUAAUGGAAUUAUUUAAUGUGUUUGACUGGGUCGCACCUGGUUGUUUGGGGGACCGAGAACACUUUAGAGAAUAUUAUGAUGAACCCUUAAAACAUGGCCAGAGAUUAAGUGCUCCUGAGAGAUUUGUUCAAGUUGCUGAUAAGCGCAAGAAGCACCUUGUCUCUGUUCUGAGGAAAUUCCUGUUGAGAAGAACAAAAGAGGAGACUAUUGGACAUCUCAUGCUUGGGAAGGAAGAUAAUAUUGUUUUCUGCAGAAUGAGUGAUGUUCAAAAGCGUGUUUAUAGAAGAAUGCUGCAACAGCCUGACAUACAAAUCCUUGUAAAUAAGGAUCUCCCCUGUAGCUGCGGAAGUCCUCUGACUCAGGUUGAGUGUUGCAAGAAAAUUGAACCAAAUGGCAUUAUCUGGUCCUAUCUCCACAGAGAUAAUCUGGACGGCUGUCCUCUAUGCCCCUUCUGCCUUGUUCUUCCUUGCCUUGUCAAGCUUCAGCAGAUUAGUAACCAUCUGGAAUUGAUAAAGCCCAAUCCAAGGGACGAGAUCGAAAAGCAGAAGAAAGACGCUGAGCUUGCGGCUGCUGUGUUUGAUACAGAUAUUGAAUUAGUUGGCGGUAGUGCUAAAAGUGAAAACUUCAUGGGUCUCAGCGACUCAGAACACUGCGGAAAGAUGCGUGCACUGGAAAGACUUAUGGUUCUAUGGACUCUAGAGGGUGACAAGAUUCUUCUUUUCAGCUAUUCUGUCAGGAUGCUUGACAUACUAGAGAAGUUUCUUAUAAGGAAGGGUUAUUGCUUUUCUCGCUUGGAUGGAUCAACCCCCAUGAAUGCACGCCAGUCGCUCGUUGAUGAGUUCAACAAAAGCCCUAGCAAACAGGUUUUCCUUAUAUCUACUCGGGCAGGCAGUUUAGGUGUUAACCUUGUGAGUGCUAACCGUGUGGUGAUAUUUGAUCCUAGUUGGAAUCCUGCUCAAGACUUGCAAGCACAAGACAGAUCCUUUCGAUAUGGACAGAAACGGCAUGUCACAGUAUUUCGCCUACUUGGAGCUGGUUCACUAGAAGAACUCAUUUAUUCUCGACAGAUAUAUAAACAGCAGCUUUCUAACAUUGCAGUCUCAGGGACAAUAGAAAAGCGUUACUUUAACGGUGUGCAGGAUGAUAAGAAAUUUCAAGGUGAGCUCUUUGGGAUCUGCAAUCUGUUCCGUGACUUGUCUGAUAAGCUUUUCACUAGUGAGAUUAUUGAGAUGCAUGGAGAACAUGAGAAAGAUAAAACAUCUGAAGCGACAGGGAUAAGAGAAAUAGUCGACACUGAUUUAUUUGGCACACAAGAGAAAAUGAAAUCUCCCACAGCAGCAAUAGGUGAUGAAAAUCAGACAUUGGCUGACUGUGGAAUAGUGUAUGCUCACCGGAACGAGGAUGUUGUCAACACGAGGACACAGGAACACAGCGAAAAAGAUGACGGUGCUACUGAAGAAUGUGUACAGAUCCUCUCCGAGGGCCUGCAGAGUAAGAAGCAAAUAAAGCCCACGACCAGGGCGAACUUUUGCUCAGUGGAGGAACAGAAACGGAAGGAGUUCAGCCGCGUUGCAUCUUCUGUUGGUAUGAACGACCUUGAGUUCAGCAAGUGGUUGCUAUCCGUCUCACCUCUGCAGCGGCAGCAAGUACUGGACAAUCAUAGGAAGAAAAGGAGUAGUAUAAUCAAGCGUAAAUGAUGCGAGCCUUCAGAGUAUUUUCUAUUCAUACUUUCUGAUGGACCUUCAGAGUAGUGUAGGGGUUUCACGUAUGUUUGGAUGUCUGUAAAGGUGUUUAUGCUUUUCUUUAGGGGAGGCCUCGACACUACUUUAAUUUAAUGGUUUAUGCUAAAUCAUAGCUAGCUCUUU